GUUAGCUGUCGGCUAACGCGGCCAUCAGAAGACCUACUCGUUGAAGUAGAAGACCAGACACUUUUAAGUUACCAUGGCCGUUUCAGUUGAAGAGGUUUCUUCGUCGCUUGUGCGGGAAUACCUGAGUCGAAAGGGACUCAAGAGGACGAUUGCCUGUAUGGAUGAGGAACAUCCACGCACAGAGGACAGCAUCAACAACAGAUCCCUCUUAAGGCAGAUUCUCAACAUUGAGGGUCUCUAUAGGAAGAAUAAGGUUCAGAACUCUCCCCUGAAAACAUUGCUUGAAAUUAUUGUAAAGUAUCACAUUAGGGGCAUUAAGAAUGACACAAAUAGCAGCAAUGAAAGUGACCCCAUACAGCCUUCUCAAGCUGUUAGUCCGGCUGAUAAUUCUCCUGCAGUGAUGAAUGACAGAAAGACCGAAGAAUCCAUCACAGCUUUUGAUAUAAGCCAGCAAAAUAAGUCAAGGUCUGAUAUAAAAACAUCCUCCCUACCAGAGACAGAUAUACGAUCCGGUCAUUCUCAGACAAGUUUUCACACAUAUGAAUCAGAAGGAAAGAAAAUCCAGCCACUGUUGUCCUACCUCCAGGACCAUGAGAGUAUCAUCAAAAGAGAACUAGAGAAGAGGACUUCCACCACAGAGUCCACACAGAGAAGCAAAAGUAAUCGUAUCAGACGUGGUAUGAUGGCUGGACCAGUAGCUAGUACACAACAGGAAUCAACCAAAAAAAGGCAGAAUCGAAGACAUGAAGUGCCACAGCUGAUACUCAGAAAAGAAAAAGAAAACAGUCAUCUCAGAGAUCAACCUGCAGGGACUGGCUCAUAUCAGAAACACUUAGAGAGUGGUCUCUAUGAAAACACCACAGCUGACUUUAUAGUUGGGCAUCAACAGCUGCAAAGUGCACCAGAGAGACUGCAGAGAGAAAACAGCUUUGAAAAACUGGGACGAGAGACACUGAAGACUAAAAUAGCGACGUCUUUACCCAGGAAAACCGUGGCUGAUUUGGAUAUGUCUGAGAUGGUUUUAGAUGACUUGGAUGAUGAUGAAAAUAUGCAAGAGCUUUCCAAAGUGUCCUUCCAGAGAACUAUCACAGAGCCCAGCUUUACCACCCGCCCCAUGGACCAGAAUACCGCAAUGGAAUUGAAAGCAGUUCUGCUUGGUUCCAGCCUAAAUUGUAUGAAUGCUGAGUGGAGGAAUCAGGGAUUCACGUUCUCAGAAACGCAUGACCUGAGAUAUGGAAUUGUGCAGAGAAAGGGUGGGCCAUGUGGUGUUCUGGCAUCCAUCCAAGCCUUUGUUCUAAAGAAGCUGCUAUUUGAAAACACAGAAAGCAGUAACAUGGGCCUUCACCGGUUAAGUCCUUCCAACACAACCAGGGAAAAAUGUCUUAUUUCAGCAUUGGCUGAAAUCCUGUGGAGGGCUGGUGAGGAAAAACAAGCUAAGAUUGCGAUAAAUUCUGGAAGAAACCAUUUCACUCCAACUGGACGGUACAAAUCUGAAGGAGUGCUUGAAAAGAUAACAUGUUUCACAGUUGACAACUUCAAGGACCUGCACUUGCUUCUUGAGCAGCACAUUGAGCAAUUUGAGACUGGGCCGUUAGGAUGCAUGCUGCUGACCAUUUCUGCUGUUCUCUCUAGAUCUGUGGAAAAAGUUAAAGAGGACAUGGAUGUGCCCACCACUACUCUCAUUGGGGCCCAUGGCUACUGCACACAGGAACUGGUCAACCUGUUGCUUUGUGGCAAAGCCGUUUCUAACGUCUUCGACAAUGACAUGGAGUUAGACUCGGGUAACGGCAACAUUACUCUACUCAAGGGAAUCAAAGACCACUGUGAUGUGGGACUGUUGUCCUUGUUUGAACAUUACAACAUCUGUAAGGUUGGACCUUACUUAAAGACUCCCCGUUACCCUAUCUGGGUGGUGUGCAGUGAAAGCCACUUCAGUGUGUUGUUUGGCCUCCAGAGGGAGCUGUUGACCUAUCAGGACAAAGGUCUGGAUUUUGACCUGUAUUAUUAUGAUGGCCUGGCCAAUCAACAUGAGGAGAUUCGCCUCACUGUGUCAAUUGGUAAAUUAGCCCUGAGCCGCCAUGAUGACACUGAUCUUACUCCCCCUCUGGAGCUCUGUAUUCGGACAAGGUGGAAAGAUGCAUUUGUCAGUUGGAAUGACACAGAACCGAUUCUCUGAUCAUGUGACCUGAUGUUAUUCAAACCAUUGCAAGGAACGCAGAUUGAUAGUUAUCAUAUUGUAUGCAUAUGUUUGAAUGAAGGAAUGCCUUGUAUUUUCUAAAGGGUUUGGCAAAAAUUCUGGAUUUUUUUUAUGUACAUGUUUGGAGGGAAACUGCUGAAAUACUGAUUCAAGAUAAACUAGUAACCACUGUGGCCUUUUACUCCUACAGGUAGAAAUGAUUAUUAUCCUUAUUUGACGUUAAAUGAUUGAAAUUUCUCUUCUCAUUAAGAAUUAAAUGAAUAUAAUAUACAUUAGAAUAAUCUUAAAAGGAACCCUGCAUGAUCAGACAAGUUCAUCUUUACAGAUAGAUUUUUUUUUAACUAACAAAGACUGAGUCAUCCUUCUCUCCUGAAUCAAAAUGACCGUUAGGCAAAACAUUGUUAAAAAGCUAUCUUAACUGCAGAUAUUAAUCCACUUAACAACAACUUUAGGUUAAUUGGCUCUGAACGUGUUGUUAUCCUAGCCAAAUAAGACAAAAAAAAACUGUUUAACUUACCCAUGAAAUGUUAUUCCAUGCAAUCUUGUCUCUUCUGUGCAUCUAUUAGUGCAGCACCACACAGCACAGGAGUGAGGCAUCUUGCCCAGGAAUGCCUCUGGCAAAAUGGCGGCGGCGGCGGCAUUGACAUACAGCCCACUGGCCAAUGAGGCGUCUACGUGUAUUAUGUCUAUGUUCGUAUGUACAUAAUGCUUUUAUUUUUAAAAGCUCCCGUCACGCUUCCACUAUACACUGAAUCUAGUCUCUUGUAGGAAGUUUUAUUAAGGUAAAACGUAGGAGGAAUGACAGAGCUUUGGCAGCAGGGAGACAAAACCAACACACAGCAAACUCGUGUCUGGUAUGAAAGCUGUUAGGGCAGCAUCAGCUGCAAGCAGCAAAACCAUUUGAAAAACGGUUACUGCAUAGGAACAACGGGGAGUGCUCAUAGGGAGCGUGUGGAACUGUGACGUCACACUAUCAGCGUGGACCAAAACAUGGCAGCCUCCUGGUGAGUUUAUAAGCUCAAAUUUACUCAAAGAGCAGAUAUCUUGUGAGUUUUUUAGUUCAAUAUAAAUAUGAGAGAUACAAAUAUCUAUCCAACAAGAUGAACUUGUCUGAUCAUGCAGGGUUCCUUUUAAAAAGUUAAAAAAAAAAAACAUAUGAUAAAUGCUUAUUUCACAUCAUGUCUUAACUAAUUUUUGUAUUUUAUGACUGAAUGUGUACACAUUUUUGAUGGAUGAAUUUGUUUUAUUGUCCUCUUCUUUGUUUAAUUGCCUCAAUCAAAGUUUUGAUGAGCUGUAAGGAGAUUAAAUGUAAUAAAUGUACA